UUCAUUUGCAGUUAUUUGUUCUGGAUGUUAUGCUGAAUUUCUCACGUCUAACUGAUGACGACUUGUAUACUCAACUGUGGCGUAUAGCUAAAGUGGCUGAAGAAGGAGAGAAAAAUGCCGAGCCAGUCGGUAUUCUUACUUCACUCCGACGAAAUAAAUGGGCAAGCGCAAGACAGAAAUUAAUGGAAGAUUCUGCCAAUCGAGAUUCGCUUGAUGCUAUCGAAAGGUCCAUUUUCAUAUUGAGCCUUGACAAGAAACCACCCGUAUCUUUCAACCAUCAAAACAGCGUGGACGAAACUCGUGAGCAACAGAGAGACGAUGUGUCCAUGGCUAUCCAGAUGCUACACGGGAUGGGGACUCAGGUCAACAGUGCCAACCGUUGGUUUGAUAAGACAAUGCAG